AUGUCUGAUUAUGGUAUUCCGAACGGCUACAGAAGGAUGGACACCUUCCCUAUUCACACUUAUGAACUAUCUAAUAGGCACGGAGAGAGACAUUACGUGCGCUUCAACUUUAGAACUGAAUUGGGUUUUUCAUACCUAACAACUGCCGAAGCAGCUGCUAUUCAAGCUCUAGAUUUGGAUUACUUUACUCGAGACUUGUACAAUGCUAUUGAUUCAAGACAAUACCCUGCAUGGAAACUUGAGAUGGAUGUGAUGUCACUGCAUGAUAUAGAAAAGGUCGAUUACAAUCCUUUUGAUGUUACAAGGCUAUGGAAAAAUGGUACAUUCUACACGGUGCCAAUUGGGCGACUAGUACUAAAUAAAAACGUUAAAAAUCACUUCAGAGAUAUCGAACAAGCUGCAUUUAAUCCUGCUAACUUAGUGCCUGGUAUUCCUGGACCAGUAGACUAUUUAUUCCAUGGCAAAAGAAUUGCCUAUAGGGACAGUCAUAAUUUCCGUCUGGGAAGAAACCACAACAAUAUUUUAGUAAAUAUGCCAUUAUACGCAAAGACAUAUGUUCGAGAUGGAAGACCACCGAUCAGCCUUAAUAUGAGGAACGCUCCCAACUAUUAUCCUAAUUCAUUCCACGGACCAGUUCCAUAUGUGGAUGAAAAGAGGCCAUGGAAGAAGUUAAGAGUAUUAGAAAGUAAUGCUAUAGAUUUAGCACCAAUGUGGCAUUUCUACAAUUAUAUUUUGGAGGAUGAAGCUCACAGGCAGAGGUUUAUAGCUAAUAUUGUCUUGACUCUUGUGCCAGUCACUCCUCCGGUUGUUCAGAGAGUUAUGAAACUCUUACACUUGAUCGAUCAGGGUUUGAGUGAGCGAGUCAAGACUGGUUAUGAGGCAGCCCUUACUGCCCAGCAGGCAGCAGCUUUGGCCAGUCCUCCUCUAGCCAUUCUUUCAAGAAGAGUUCCGUCUGCACAAAAUUAUCCAAAACAUGAUACAAAAUAA